GUAUCUGAUUCAGCACUGUUCUAAUGUAAAGUUCCAUAGCAUGGAACAAUGUUGCUAACAGACAAAUGUUCAUCAGGCUAUAUCAGUGUUCGUGACAAGAAGUGUAAGGUACCUAAAAUCAAAUAUCAGGACCAAUGUCAGCUAUUCAUAACGGGUCGACACAGACAGAAGAACAUCUCGGAAUAAGCUAUACAUCGACUUUGACAUUGUAGCAGUGACACUUGUCACCUUAUGAAAAUGAACUAUGCCUAAAAGUGGACGGAUCACUUAAUACGUACAAGAAACCUGAGACACCACCAUGGAGAACAACGAUGCACCUGUCGAGUUUAACGAUGACAGGACAGUGUGUGUGGCGUCAGUGAAAGGGUUAAAGGAGAACUGGCAGAGAUGGUCCAACGAGCAUCAGGAGUACCAGAAACACAACCCCUUCAGUAACGACCGGGGGGCAAUGAUGAGUGUGACUGCCCAGCAGCAGGGUCUCCAGCGGGACCAGGACGGCUACGGGAGGCCCCUGGAGGGCUCCUUGACAGAGCAGAGGGGCCGGGACGCCCACGUCCACAUCAGCCGAGAGGUGGAGGAGCUCUGCCAGGCGAUCAGGGACAUCGGGGAGAGCCGUGGCGGUGGGGACGAUGGCGGCGGGGAGAGACCUGUGGUGACGGUGGAGUUUGGGAAACUGUUUGAGCACUAUGUGAACAUCUCCAACAAGGUGGUGGGGAUCCUGCUGAGGGCCAGAAAACAAGGCCUGAUCAGCUUUGAAGGGGAGAUGCUGUGGCAGGGGCAGGAUGACAGGGUCCUCAUCACACUGCUACAGUGACCAGGAUGAGAUGACAGGGUUGUCAUUAUGCUGCUUCCAGGAUGAUGCAGCAGACUGACCAGACAGUAACCAAGGCCCUGUCCAGAAACAUCCCCUAGCCCUCUAGUCCCUAGGCACUUGUGUAGUUCUGAAAGGAUUUGAUAGGUCUAAGCAAUAUGGUGAAAAUUACAUUAGAUAGCAAGGUGCAGCUACAACACCUAUCCAAUUAUUUUAUAUUUACACCUGCACCUAGUAGGGGUAGUUGUUUCAGGACAGGGCCCAAGAGAACCAACAUGUGGCAGCAGUGACACGCAAUAUGGUGCUGUAGGAUUAACCUGAUCCUAUUGGCCUGAAUGGACUUUGCGUUGCAUUCCCAGUUACACCACACCGCUACACUGUAAUUUACAUAGCGUUUACAAUGUUCCUUAGCAACCUUUGGAAUUAGACACUGAGGAAAGGUGUACUUUUUAGGGCACAAAUACAACACACUGACACAGUAGGGUUGUUAGAAAUGCUGGAAGUAGACUAUGAAACCGCAUACACAGUUGAGAAUGUAACACAAUUGUAUAUACAUUCUGGAGAAAUAGCACGUCACUUUUUGGUCCACUGGCAUUUGUGUAAUUUACACUGUACUAAAUGCACAUUGUUCAAUCUAACAAGAGCUGUUUGAGGAAUGCUUUUGCAGCUACUUGCACUCAUAUCACAAUAUGAUGAAAUGUACUGUAACACUUUACUCAUUUGAUUUAUUUUUUUGUCACCAACUAAUAUACUGUAUUCCACACACAUGUUCAUGUUU